GCUGGGAGCCAGUAGCGCCAGCGUCUUGAGUGAGUGGCCUGAAACAGAAAUGAACAGUUCUCCAUGCUGAAGAGACUCCUGUGUUGUUUCUAGUGAGGUGACCAGGAGUGGGGCUUUUGGAUGAGGCAGGGGGGUGUCGGACACGGUCUGUCUAUAUUUCAGAAGGCACAGUUGCGACAAGGCUGAGGUUUGGCUGGAAUGGGACUUCUGCCCUUUAAAGCCUUGGUGCAGCUCUGUGACUGGGUUGAGUUCAGCUCCUUAAAGAGGCGGACCACUGGGGUUACUUCAGUCUGAGGGGCUUGUGCGUUUGGGUCGUGGCUCCACAGAAGAGCACCUGACCUCCCCUGACUGCUAGCCUUAAAGAACAGCCCUGAGAGGAAUGUUGGUUGUCACCAGAGCUAUUUUGGCUAUGUGCAGCCGCUAAUGAUUGUAAUCACAGAGCAGAACGGGACUCGGAGAAGUUGCCUUGCCGCUGUUAGUUUUUUCUCCCCAGCAGGUCUCUUGCCUUGCCAUGCUCACUACUGGCUACCAGGGAUUAGAGCGUUAGACGAAUGGCACGCCGGCUCCGCUUGCACUUUGCGUUGAGGAGAAGCAACACGGAUCCUCUGUCAGAGAGCCUGAGCAGCCAUGGUGAGGAGAGCGGUCUCUGUGUGUCAACCCGCAGCCCCGCAGAGAGCCUAGCACACAGCUCUGUCCACAUGAAGGUGAUUCCAGGGCAGCUAGCCUUGGCUUUGCCUCCCCUGUCACCAGAGUACGGUAAUUUACAGCGCUACUCAUCCGUAUUUAUACCCAAGGUGAACACCGGCAGCGGCAGCAAGAAGAGUACUCUGCAGAUCUCCCUGCAGCCCCGUGGCAAGCUGAAUGGAGAGCUGGAGAACAGCACUGAGGGCGGGGAGCCAGGGGUCUGCGAGGUGGGAGCGGGCAGUGGCUCAGAUGGGGGCUCCUGUAGAAACAGCACGGCCAGUGACGCAGGCUACUGCAGCAGCAGCAGCAUCUUUGAGCCAGAGCUCCCAGAUCAGCGUAGGGCAGCCCAGGAGAGGAGUCUGCCCCGUAGGAAAGCCAGGGUCCCCCUGAGACGCUGCUCCUCCCUGGUUAUAUUUCCACGGAGCCCCUGUAAUACACCACCAGCCUCCCCGGUCAGCCCUGUGGCUCUUCCCGCCCUGCCUCCAGUGAGGGGCUCCUACCAGACUUCUCACCAGCUCCAGUUGUCCCCCAGUGAGCCCCUGCAGGAGGACGAGACGGGUACCUCGAAAGCGUCCAUCGCCACGGUGAUGAACGGCCUGCGACUCUCUAAGAGCAGCUUUCCGUCAGUGGAGUUCCGAGACGCCAGGCCCAUGGUGCAUUUUAACGUUCCACUUCCGGAUAAACCUAAAGACAAAAUGGAGGAGUGUGAGAAGACUGACCGCUCUGAAAAUUUAGACCGACACUCCAGUGUGCUACUGCACUUUGCCCACCAGCGACUAAUGUCUGGGAAGGCAUCUACAAACAGAACAACAUUCAAUGUUGAAUGUCCUGAAUCUCUAACCCAGGCCCCUCAGUUGGAGGGUGAAUGUGGCCCUCGCCACAUUAAGCUGUAUCGCAGCACCUCGGCUUGCUUGCUCCCCUCAGCUAAACUUUCAGAGAGGAGCCAAAGUGCCCGUCGCGCAGACAAUGGAAAUGGACAGGAAAUGCCUAAGGAAAACCAUUGUCAUCACACCUUACAAAGGAGCUUUUCUCUGGAAGUCCCCUACCAUAAUACUGGUAUUACAUGUCACCUUUCCAACCAAAAACUAGCUAACUCUCCACAUGUGCACAUCCAUGUGUCCCACGGCUCUGGGGCAAGGGUCUCUAGCCCUGUCAUUGACGUAAACACUAUCCACAAAAGGGAUCACAUACAAAAGAGCCCUGCAAGAAAGACCACGACACGUGAUGACUUUCUGGGGCAGGUGGAUGUACCAUUACACCAGAUACCGACAGAAAAUCCUAACAUUGAAAGGCCAUACACAUUCAAGGAUUUUCUACUUCACCCGAGAAGUCACAAAUCCAGGGUCAAAGGUCAUCUCCGUCUGAAGAUGACCUACCUACCCAAAAACAACUCAGAGGAUGCUGCAGAACAGACUGAAGACAUGGAUCCUAGUUGGGAGUUUUUAGAGGGCCAGGACAUGUCCGGUCCCAGGCACAACCACCUGCUGCCUGCAAUGCCCCCUGGCUGGGAGGAGAGGCAGGACAACCUGGGCAGGACCUACUAUGUCAACCACGAAACCAGGACCACACAGUGGCACAGGCCCAUAGUACAAGACAGCCGGGUAGAGGCAGAGCAGAGGCAGAACAUCCACAUGGAGGCGCAGCACGCCUUCACCGCCCGCAGGCAGAUCUCCGACCAAGAGGACUCCAACGACAGACAACAAGAGUCAACUGAGAGUUGGGAAAUCAUAACAGAGGAUGAGUCCACCUUGUACAACAGCCAGCGCUCCCCCCCUCCACCCCACUCCCCCCUGGAGUUUCACUCCUUCUGUGACGAGCUCAGUCGCCUCCAGGCCUUGGGUGCCACAUCCGGCAACCGACGUACCUCCCUCCAGCUGCAGGGCCCUUCCAGUCAUUCAAGUCACUCCAGUCGCAGAGGCAGUGCCCAGACUCUGACAGUAGAGGAGCACCCUGUUCAUCCUGUGGUCAGUCAUUCAAGUCACUCCAGUCGCAGAGGCAGUGCCCAGACUCUGACAGUAGAGGAGCACCCUGUUCAUCCUGUGUUGUUAGCAACCUCAGCUGGGCUGCCUCCAGGCUGGGAGGAGAAGCAGGAUAGUAAGAGCAGACCCUACUACGUCAAUCACAACAGCAGGAUAACCACUUGGACACGGCCACUCAUCCAGAUAACCUCAGACGCAGCAGCCCAGGCUGUUCUGUCUCAGAACGCCACUGUGUACCAGCCCCCCAUGCUCUCUCCUGAGGGCUCCCCCCAGCACUCCCCCGGCUCACAGAGGGAGUGUGGCUUCAUGCCUGCAGGCUGGGAGGUCCGCAAUGCCCCCAACGGAAAACCCUUCUUCAUCGACCACAACACUAAGACCACUUCCUGGGAAGACCCCAGGUUGAAGAUUCCUGUGCACAUGAGGAGGAGACCUUCGCUAGACCCAACUGACCUCGGGCCAAUGCCGCCUGGCUGGGAGGAGAGGGUCCACAGUGAUGGGAGGAUAUUCUACAUAGAUCACAACACGAAGAACACACAAUGGGAUGACCCCAGACUGCAGAAUUCAGCCAUAACUGGACCAGCUGUGCCUUACUCCAGAGACUAUAAACAGAAGUAUGAAUACUUCCGGAAGAAGCUGAAGAAACCGGCUGACAUCCCCAACCGCUUUGAGAUGAAGCUCAGGCGGAACACCGUGCUAGAGGACUCCUACAGACGAAUCCUGUCAAUCAAGAGGGCCGACUUCCUGAAGGCGCGGCUGUGGGUGGAGUUUGAGGGAGAGAAGGGCUUGGAUUACGGGGGCGUGGCCAGGGAGUGGUUCUUCCUAAUCUCCAAGGAGAUGUUCAACCCCUAUUAUGGGCUGUUUGAGUAUUCUGCCACGGACAACUACACUCUGCAGAUCAACCCCAACUCAGGCCUCUGCAAUGAGGACCACCUGUCCUACUUCAAGUUCAUUGGCCGUGUGGCAGGCAUGGCUGUCUACCAUGGAAAGCUGCUGGACGCCUUCUUCAUCAGGCCUUUCUACAAGAUGAUGUUGCAGAAGCCCAUUACUCUACAGGACAUGGAGUCUGUGGACAGUGAGUACUUCAACUCCCUGAAGUGGAUAUUGGAGAAUGACCCGAUAGACCUGGAUCUGAGGUUCACCAUAGACGAAGAGCUCUUUGGACAGACACACCAGCAUGAGCUGAAGCCAGGAGGAUCUGAAAUAGUAGUCACCGAUGACAACAAGAAGGAAUACAUCCAUCUUGUCAUGCAGUGGAGGUUCGUGAACAGGAUACUGAAGCAGAUGACCGCAUUCAAGGAGGGAUUCUAUGAGUUGAUACCCCAGGAUCUCAUCAAGAUCUUUGACGAGAAUGAGCUGGAGCUCCUGAUGUGUGGCCUGGGAGACGUGGAUGUGAACGACUGGAGGGAGAACACCAAGUACAAGAAUGGCUACUGUCCCAACCAGCCUGUCAUCCUGUGGUUCUGGAAGACUGUUCUGCUGAUGGAUGCAGAGAAGCGUAUCCGCCUGUUGCAGUUUGUGACGGGCACCUCCCGGGUCCCAAUGAAUGGCUUUGCAGAGCUCUAUGGGUCUAACGGACCACAGCUGUUUACCAUUGAGCAGUGGGGAACACGAGACAAACUACCCAGAGCCCACACAUGCUUCAACCGGCUGGAUCUGCCUCCCUAUGAGUCGUUUGAGGAGCUGAGGGAGAAGCUACACAUCGCCAUAGAGAAUGCACAAGGCUUCGAUGGAGUGGAUUAGGGGAGUGUGUGGCCUAUGGCGCAGAUGUUAAAAUGGCAGUUACUGCCAGUGAACUGAGGGCUAGCACCAAGUUUUGUGCUGUAGUUCUGUUUAAUGCUGAUAAAACACACAAUAUUCAGGUCCAGACCUGACCUGCCAACCGCCUGAAAAGAUGGAGAACAAUCACAGACAGCAAAGUCUUUGGUGCUCCUCUCUCCUGCACAGUGGAAGGGAUGGAUGAUGAGUGAAAAUCACUUCUUAAAUCACUCUUGGUCUGUGAAGUUUACAAAUAGUUUUUUUGUGUCUCGUAAAUAUGUAUGUAUACUUAAACCAGAUCUAUAUACAAUUUAUCAAAUGCAUUAUAUCAUACAGAUAUUACUGUUCAUCUAUGAUAAAUAUUCUAUCAUGAGGAGAUUGACAUUGGACUUCGAUAUACAUUACCGUAUAUACACUGGUGUCAAAAGCGUUCCACAGGGAUGCUGGCCCAUGACUCCAAUGCUUCCCACAGUUGUGUCAAGUUGGCUGAAUGUCUUUUGAGUGGUGGACCACGGGAAACUUGAGUGUGAAAAACCAAGCAGUUUUGCAGUUCUUGACACAAACCGGUGCGCCUGGCACCUACAACAAUACCACGUUCAAAGGCACAUAAAUCUUUUGUUUUGCCCAUUCACCUUAUGAAUAGCACACAGACACAAUCCAUGUAUCAAGGCUUAAAAAUCCUUCUUUAACCUGUCUCCUCCUCUUCAUCUACACUGAUUUGAAGUGGAUUUAACAAGUGACAUCAAUAAGGGAUAAUAGCUUUCAGCUGGAUUCACCUGGUCAGUCUAUGUCAUGGAAAGAGCAGGUGUUCCUAAUGUUUUUUGGUUUUUUACAAUCACAAAGUAUGUGUCUGAGCAAUGGACAGUGAAUGCACCUUUUGUAUAGCUUACUGGGGAUAUCACAGAACUGACGACUCCACAUGAGACUUGCGCUCUCAUUCUUGCACACACACUUGCAAAAUGUUUCCUCUGCUGAUUUUUUUUAUUUUAUUCAGUGAUGGAUGUAUUAUUUUUUUUAUUCUGCUAUUCCAGGGCUCUCAACCCUGUUCCUGGAGCACUACCCUUCUGUAGGUUUUCACCUCCAACCCCAGGAGCGCUGGAUUAGGGUUGGACUGAACCUACAGGACAAUAGGUCUCCAGAAACAGGGUUGGAGAGCCCUGCUCUAUUCAUGGGUGUUGUAGAGCAGUAUAAUACUCUAUUUUUAGUACAUGUAUUUUUUUCAAAUUGCUCUAUGUAAUAACUCUAUUGAAUUAAUAUCAAGAAAUUGAUAGUAUCAAUUCUCAAAGAUUUCUGCGAAUGUCUUUUUUAGCCUUUGAUUAUCUUGAGGGAAUUGACUGUACAUAUGCAGUGGUGUGCUCUAUCAAAGAAUGUAUUGUAUGAAUGGUACAAAACAUGUUUACACUAUCUGGUAUGUUUACAGAUUGUUGAAGGAAAAUAUGUUCUUUUUAAUUUAUCUUAAAUCAAAAUGUUAUAGUUGUGCUUUUUAUAAGGUAAAGCACUUUGUUAAAAUAGUUAUAAAAGUCUUAGUGUCUUGAUCUUUGCCAAACUAUCAAUUUCAGAAUGCAUACGUUGAGUAUGAUUUCAUGCUAAAAUCCUCUGCUUUUAAAUGCACAUUUGACUUGAGUACAUUUUACUUGCCAUGGAAGAAAAAAAGCACAUUUCAUUUCACUGGUAAUUAAGACUUACAUUACAAAUGAAGGCAUUGUAAUUUAUCAUAGAAUUUGAUCAUCUCAAUCUUUGACAUGCUCUUAUCCUUUAGUUGGAUGGAUCUAUUGUUAACAUCCGAUACUCUAUCAUUCAUUAUUUUAAGAGAUAAUUUAUAUAUUGUGUCAAAUGUAAUUCUGACAACUAAGUGGAUUUUCUAUCAAUGCUUUAAUGAAAUAAAACUUCUGUAUCUUGUUGAAAACAA